CUGAGACACCACAUCCCACACAGUCAGUCCUUUCAGCACCCUCCUGGUUGGCUUCCACAUUUAUCAGCUAAUGUUUAGUGAAAGAUGGGUGGAGAAGACUGGAACUCUGGCCUCCUCAGCUGCUGUGAUGACAUGAAAUCUUGCUGCUAUGGUUUUUGGUGCUGCCCCUGUCUCGCCUGCACCGUGUCAGGACUUUUUGGACAGAACCGUUGUCUUCCACUGUGUGAUAUUUGCAGCCCUGCUGUGUUGUCUGCUUUUGGGAUACCUCUGUGUGUCCCCCCUGCAGGAUUAGCCAUGCGAGUCGGGAUUCGGCAGAAAUAUGAAAUUAAGGGUUCUCUUUGUAAGGACAUUGCCACGUCCUGCGUCUGUGUGUGGUGCUCUUGGUGCCAGUUGCAUCGGGAGUUGAAGUAUCGCAAGCACACCCCUGCUGUCGUGAACCAGCCUAAGAAAUGAAAAACUACAGAGGUUUUAUAACUGCUGCUCCAAAAUUUGGUUAAAAGUGAUCAUCUUUAGUUUAAUGUCUCAAUAGCUAAACAGAGUUUGUUUUUAGUUUUCUUGUGGCUAUAAUAAGCAUAGGAUUUAAAUAAAUAAGUAAAACAGUCUUGGCCUUUGAACAUCAGAAUUUGCUUGGUACAGUUUAUGAUAUGAUCCACUCCACCCUGUGUUAAAGUCUGGGCACACUUAAUUUUUUUUAUAAGAAAUUUCAUACUGAGAUGAAGGAUGAAGAAAAAAAAGUUUACUUUUUAAUGGUGGUGUGUUUCUGUUUAUGAUUUAAAUAAAACUUUUUAAAUAUGUGUAAUUGACAUCAUAUUUAUAUUACAGAUGAAUGUUAAAAAGUGUGAUUUUUCAAUAUAACAGCAUUCAACAGUAAAUAUCUAUUGAAUGUUGUUAUCUGUCUAUAAUUCUAGUUUCAUUUCUUGGAGUAAUUCUUGCUAUUAAAUAAUUAUCCCUGUCGACAGCAACAAUCACAAUUUCCUGGUUUUAAUUCAGUUCAGUUCACAUUUACAAAAAUUCCUGUGUUAGUUUAAGAUUCUCAAUAAAAGGUUUCCUUCAUCUUGUCUUAUGCCCAUGUCUUGUUUUCCAUAAAAUGUAUCAUAACAUUUUGUAUUACUUAAAUUUUGUGUUACUUAAAAUUAUAUGAUGCAUAAAAUUUUGGUAAAAACAAAAAAGGAAGAAAGUACUCCAGUAAGAGGAGCAUUAAUUAUAUUUUAUAAUAGUAGUCAUCCAAAAUGUAUUCAAGUAAGAGUAAAAAAGUAUUUUUGUAAAAGGAAUUGUCAAGAACUGUCUCAUUGUUUAUCAGAUAUGAUCUAAUUUGUAAAAAAAUUAAAUGUAAUCAGACACAGAAAUAUAAGAAUUAUUUGAAAAUAAGGACAUUGAAAAGAAUGAAAAUAAAUAAAAAUAUAUAUAGUAGAACUUCUAUAUCAUUACAAAAUACUACAAAUUCAUACAAACCAAACACAUAUUGUGAAAUAAUUUUUAAAUAUAAAACUUUCUAAACUAAUACUUGCAGUCACUGUAUGUUAGAACAGUGUAAUAGUAAAUAUACA